AUGUCCAUAGAGACCCCAUUCGAGCUACUAGAUCAGCUCAUCGCACAAGGUCUAGCACCUAGUCAUCAAGAUAUAAGCAAAAUACGACAGCUCGUCGCCAUCCUCAUUCAAGCUUGCCUCCUUCAACCACUCGCAGACCUCCAACCACUGGCAGACGACACCCUCCGACGCGCACGCGAUACGCUGCGAGUCCUGCACCAACACUCCCUAUCCCAUCCCGAACUCCUCCUCCACACAUCCGAAGGCAUACCCCUGUACAAGUUCCUACUACCUCGUAUCAUCUUUGCCUCAGCUCAAUGCCAGGACAGCGAUCUGGCGGAGGAGCUCGUCGCAGCGGGGGAUGCGAUGUUGCGGGCGAUGUGCACGGUUCCGCCAGAAGAUGGCGGCGCAUAUUCCAAGGGCAGGCAUGCGGCCAGCAUGGCAAUCAAGGCUCUCCGUCUCUUUGCUGAAGUGCGCAUCUUUCCCUUCACCAAGCAGCGGCUCGUAAUCAACGAGAUUCGAGUUGCUCUGGACGACUCGUGGCCGAUCCGGGCGACGACAAUCGCGAUCACCGGGGCGCUCGCUAGAAACGCGACUCAGGAUGUCCUAGGACAUCUCCUCGAGCUACUCUUUGGCCAACUCGGUGUCCCCCAUCGGCCUAUCGUGUCAUUGGCAUUUGCAGAGUUGAUGGCCAUCACCAAAUUCCGUCGAGUAUCAGCCUAUACGCUCAUUUCACCACACCUCGAAAGGCUCAGCGUCUUUCUCGCAUCCAAGCUUAUCGACAAUCGGCUCCUGGUCGGCGAGGCUAUGCAAUUCAUCGGCAUGCCCCGGAACAGCUUCUUCUUUAUCACCCUGCGGUACACCCUCCCAGCGAUGGUCGCCCAAAAGCGCCGCAAAAACCUCGAUGAGAUUGCUGGAAUCGUCCAGGAUAAUCUCGGCGUCUUGCUCGUGCACGAAAUGGCGGGUGUUCUGGCGCAAAUCUUCCUCAUCCCCCAAGAUUACACUUCCUCGCUUUACUUUUUGGAGGACGUUCUCCGCAGCCAAGCCCACGACAACAGCGAUUUAUCUCCAAAAUCCAUUGUCAACACCUCUGUCGUCCCCUUCGCCGUCAUCCUCCUUAUCGACUUUGGAGACAACGAUCCCGCCGUCCGCAGAGCAGCCAAGAUCGGUCUAGAGCGUGCCUACCACGUACAGGACCCGGCAAAUAGCGCGGAUCUGAGCGAAUUUCUCAAACCCCACAUGCUGGGUAUCGUCUCCCAGCUCAAUGAUGCCUUGCACGAUCUGCAGGGGAAAAAGACGGUCGAGUACAAGCGGAAGAUAAUAAGGAGUAUGGGGAGGUUGAUCAAUACGAUCGGUGACUCUAUGUCUACCUUUUCACCACAAAUUAUUGCCAGUCUACAAGGUACUUUGAGUAUCGCCGAGCUCCGCUCCGACACUCUAGCGACUUGGAAAGUCUUCAUCCGGGAGCUCCGCUACGCUGAUUCAGGGCCAUUCAUCGGUCGUACAACCGCUGCGUUGACUGCCAACUGGUCGGACUUCGGGGAGGACGAUCGGCGCCAAGCUGUCGAGAUGGUCAGCGAGAUCACCGAGAACGCUCAGCAGCUCCUCCCCUUUCUCGACGAUGUCGUUGACAUGAGCCAUAUCCCGGAGCUCGCCUUUGCCUCCAAGUUGUGGCAGAGGCGAGACUGGCCGCUGGUCAAGCAGAUCGAUCGGAUGCUCGAGCGGAUCGGCAGCAAGAAUCCGGCGGUCGCGGUGACCGCCAUGACGGAAAUGCGGACCCUCCUCGCCUCUUCAUGGGUACCGGUCCGCGGAGACACGUUUGACCCCUUGGCCUCCCGUCUGAUGCACGGCCUCAUCCAGGCGGUCGUGCACGGCGAGGCUGCCGAGCUCCAAUCCGCGGGAUUCGAGUGCCUGGGUAUCGUCGGCGCACUCGACCCGGACCGGCUCAUCAAGGCGCCGGAGCCCGAGUCGAUGCUCAUCCUGUCCAACUACGCCGACGAGGAAGAGACGGUCUCCUUUGCCAUCCACCUCAUCAAGGACCUCCUCGUCGAUGCCUUUCGGGCGACGAACGACACAAAACACCAGAACAGUCUGGCAUAUGCUAUACAGCAUUUGCUCAACUUUUGCGGCUUCACCGCUUCCAACUCUACGUCCAUGUCGGGUCGGCUCAGAUCACGGUGGGCCCGCUUCCCCAAGGACCAGCACGAAACCCUCACUCCCUUGCUCGAAUCUCGCUUUUCGUUGGUCAACGAUUCGCAGAACGACGUCGAUCAUCCCGUGUACAAGAACACCACCAGCUACCGCAACUGGAUCCUCACGUGGACAUUAUACUUGCUCAAGCAGGUCAAGGAGUUUCCGGCCCCACACAAUCGCUCCGUCUUCGAGGUCAUGAUCCCCAUCCUGCGGUGCAACGAUGUCACGGUCGCGCGUCACAUCCUACCGCAUCUCGUCCUCCAUGUCCUCUUGCGCGGUGACAAGGCAACACAAUCGCAAAUUGCGGUUGAAAUCAACACUGUCCUUCACGACCAGGUCAACCACUCGGGCGCAAACGACAUGCGCAUGCUCAGCGCCCAGGUCAUUUUUGAUCUAAUGGACCACCUCAGCAGGUGGCUGCGUUCUGCCCGGUCCAACAAGGUCGACCGGAACUGCAAGACGGUCGAAUCGGUCCUCUCCAGCGUGGAGACCGAGCUGCUGGCGAAUGCAGCCUUGCAGAGCAAAGCCUAUGCUCGGUCUUUGCGGAAUUUCGAACAACGCAUAUCGGAUCUUCGGAAGGAGAAGAGGCAGACUGCCGAGCUGCAGACGUACUAUGAACGCCUGCAUGAGAUUUACGCAAGCUUGGACGAGCCGGACGGGAUGGAGGGGGUAUCGACCUUUGUCAUCUCCCCUUCGCUGGAACACCAGAUUCGGGAGCACGAGAGCACGGGUAGAUGGACAUCCGCGCAGAGCUGCUGGGAGGUGCGCCUCCAGCAGUCUCCAGAGGAUCUCAAUCUGCACCAGGGACUGCUACGUUGCCUGCGCAAUCUCGGACACUAUGAUACCCUACGUACCCACAUCCGCGGCAUCCUCAGUCGACAUCCGCACUGGGCGCCCAGUCUGUCCUCGUUCGAAGCCGAAGCUGCCUGGAUCAUGGGCGACUGGUCCACGGUCCGGUCUAUUGCCGACCAGGGACAUCCCAUGGCUCGCGUCAUGGCCGGCUUGCAGCGCAGGGAUCUGGGUGAUAGUAUCCAGCAAGCUCGCCUCGAGAUCGGCCGGCAGAUUACCUCGACGCAGUACAAUCGUGUUUACGAGCCGAUCCUUCAGCUGCACGUCCUGCGGGAGCUAGAAGAAAUCGAGUCUGCUAGCAAGCAGCUAGACCGCAGCUCGCGGACCGCCAGGAUCCAUCGGGAAUUACACCGCUCACUGGAUCUACGAUUCGACUAUACGGCCCCAACCUUCCGGACCCGGGAGGCGAUUCUCAGCGCACGCCGGACUGCUUUUGCAGUCCUAAAGUCGCCUGCUUUCCAGCCCGACAUUGGCAAAGCAUGGGUCUCGAGCUCCAAAAUGGCGCGGAAGGCAGGCUAUGACCAGACGGCGUACAGUGCUGUCCUUCAAGCGCGGGAGGUGGACGCCUCAUUCGCCUUUGUCCAGCAGGCAAAGCUGUCCCGGACCAGAGGGGGAGCACUCAAGGCAUUGACGGAGCUGGAGAACUCCCUCACGCCAUUGCUCCAGGCUGUCGUCAAUCCGGACAUGAGCGCGGACGAGCAAUUUGCGAGGGAUCGAAAUAUGGCCAAGGCUGUUCUCCUUCAGGCUCGAUGGAUGCACGAGUCUGACCGGUUCGAAGGCAACAUCAUCAUAGCCAAGUUCACCCAGGCCAUCCAGCUCGCUCAAGAGGCGGCAUUCUUCCUCCAAACGUGCUCACACUACGUCCAGGCCCUCAAGCAUGGUGUCAAAUACAUCUACCGCACAAUGCCAAGGACAUUAACUAUCUGGAUGGACCUAGGGGACACGGUCAGGGAAAGGGAAAAGGAUAAAAAGUCGCCGCCUUCCGCAGACCUACAGAAGAGCUUGCAUAGCAUCACCCACUUGAUGGACCGAUGCCACAGGGAGCUCCCAACCUUUGAGAUCCUCACAGCGUUUCCUCAAAUGGCGUCUCGACUCGGGCACAAGACUGACACCAUCCGAACGACGCUCGUCAGGCUCAUGGGCGCCGUACUCGUCGUCUAUCCUCUGCAGGCGCUCUGGCCAAUGGUCUACCUCAUGCAGUCAAACCGACCAGAGCGCAAGAAGCUCUGCGGACAGGUCACCAGUCGCACUCUGCAGAAGAAUCCCGGUUUGACCACUCUGAUCAAGGACGCGGAACGUUUCGCCGGGCACCUCUUGCGACUUUGCAACGACAAGGUCGAAGAGAAGCGCAAGGAAAUGUCGAUUGAAGCGCAUUACCCGUACAUGAAGCAGGCGAUACCGACCCAGAUGAUGGUACCACUACAGGAUGCCUUGACGGGUUCGCUUCCGUCUUCCGCCGAGAACUUGCAGACGCACAAUCCCUUCCCCAUUGCACCAGUGGCCAUCAAUGGGAUCGAGGAUAGGAUCGACAUCAUGCAGUCUCUGAUCAAGCCCAAAAAACUGGUCUUUACGACGACCGAUGGCAAGCGGUACCCCUUCCUGUGCAAGCCUCACGACGACCUCCGCAAAGACGCACGUCUGAUGGACUUCAACUCGAUGAUCAACAAGCUUCUUAAAUCCGCUUCCGAGUCUAGAAGAAGGCAGCUUUACAUCCGGACCUACGCCGUCAUGCCUCUUAAUGAAGAGUGUGGCUUGCUCGAAUGGGUGGCAAACACCAACGCUUUCAAGAAUAUCCUAGAAGCGGGCUACGCUCGUCACGGAAGGAAACUUUACACUUCCGAGCUGCACAAUACCCCAACCGUGUUUGGCGAUUGGUUCUUGACGACCUGGCCAGAACCCUCAGCAUGGCUGCGCAGUCGGACCGCCUACUGUCGAACGCUAGCAGUCAUGUCCAUGAUCGGUCACGUUCUAGGAUUGGGAGAUCGUCACGGCGAGAAUAUCCUCUUUGACGGGUUGACGGGAGACACUGUCCAUGUGGACCUGAACUGCCUCUUUGAGAAGGGACGUUCAUUCGAGAUCCCGGAGCGAGUACCGUUCCGCCUGACGCAAAAUCUGGUCGAUGCAAUGGGUGUUACGGCGACGGAAGGUGUCUAUCGCAAAGCCGCAGAGAUUACCAUGGACGUUCUCCGUACCAACAGGGAGUCCCUCAUGAGUGUUCUCGAGGCGUUUGUGCACGAUCCCUUGGGCGAAUGGACAAAAGGCCUGCGGAGCAAGUCGGAAAAGGAAGUCCGCGCAGCGGCCGAUAAGAACCUCCAGCCCAUCAAGGACAAGCUAAAGGGCAUCUCCGCUCAGGGCUUGAUCAUGACCGUCCCCAAUCAAGUGGAAGUCCUAAUCCAGGAAGCCACCUCGCCCGCCAAUCUGGGGCUCAUGUACCAAGGCUGGACCGCAUGGCUGUAG